AUGCUGAAUGAAGAAUACUUAUGUUGUAUUGAACAGACCUUACUGUUCUCAGAUUGUCAGCUCUUGAACUUGAAUCUCGAUAAUGGUGGUAAUUUGACAAACUUAGUGCAUGAAAAGUUCACACAGUACCUGAAGGCCAUUAAGGGUUUGAGCGAAGAAACCAUAACCGGUGUAUACAAUUUAUAUAUAAUAUCGGUGACCAAGAGUAAAUUCUAUAAUCUGUAUGGUUGUCGCGGGUCGCUAAUUGAUGGUAUUAAACAGCCCACCGAUAUGAUGAUUGCUGGCAAAGAGUGCUGUGUUGCUGGUUUUGAUAUUGACAAAAGUUGUGCCGUUAUUGUUACCGAAAUGACGUCUGGUAAAUUUGGGCUUCGCGUACGGUCAUCGUAUCUUAAGAUGUUCAACUCGUCCAGAAAUCAAGUGGUGACACAAAUCGAAUUGUUGACCAAGGCUGACAUAUACAACGCAGAUGUGCCUCUGCUGAAGAAAAUACUCGAUGAAGAGAUCGCCAGUCUACACUUGGAGAAAUUAGGCAUACGAUCUGAAAAGUUCCGUAAUUAA